AUGGAAAAUCCAACGAAAAACUAUUCCUGGGCCAAACCAUUUCCCGAAAUACAAAAGGCCUGCACCCUAUUCAAUCGAACUGAACUUCUACAAAUUGCCAGAUAUGUCUACAUCCCAUUAACAGGCUAUCUACAACAAGGCCCUCAAUGCGGUUUAGUGGCCCUUGCAAUACUGAUGGGCAGCGCCAACAAAGAAACCGUCGACCGUAUUUUCCAGUGGGCCAAGAAAAUGGAAUUCAGUGCUUAUGGAGAGAUGUUUAGUGCUAUUUGGAUGGCCAAGUUGGCUGAAAAGUUUAUGCCAGAUGCCAGAGUCGAAGUGCAUUCAGGAGAAUUGGACUGUGAUAAGAUAAAGGAGUUUUUGUUCAGUGAGAAAGAAAUUUUGAAAAUUUUGAAGUCGUCAGUUCCAAUUAAGGCAGUGCAGAGGAGAUUUAAAUUUGUUCUCGAUAAGGAUGGCAAUAAAGUAAAAGUUCCUAGACAGCAGAUUAUUGUAACUUUCGAUAAUUUAGUCCUGCCACAAUUUGUUUAUGUGUACCGAUUGAGAUACGAAGUUGAUACUUGGUACUCCCCGGUCACUCAAUGUUAUAAUUGUUUAAAUUUUGGUCACACUGCUUCCCAGUGUAAAAGCAAAAAACGAUGCAAAACCUGUUCUAAAAUAUUAAAUGACGAGGGACUGUGUACUGAUUGUGAAAUUUUUUGUGUUCAUUGUAAAGAUAAUUCUCAUAUUUCUACUAGUAAAAAAUGUCCUAAAUAUAACAAUCAGGUUAAAAUUAAGCAGGCGAUGGCAAAUCUUAAUGUAUCCUUUAAAGAAGCCGAAAAAAUUGUAGAUAACCCUUCUUAUGCAAGCAUUGUUUCGAAAAAUAAAUUUACUCCAUUGUCUUCAAAAACCGAUUUUCCUGAAUUACCACCGAACUAUAGAAAUCAAUCUAAUCCCCCAAAUUCAAAAACGACAUUUGUAGCUCAUCCACAUUCCAGCAAGUCUAUUCCCUCUUCCAGUGUAUAUGAAAAUUAUAAAAAACGGAAAGUCAGUGAUAGAAGUCCUUCCUUUGAACCCGUUAGCAGAGAAUUUGAUUGGUCCUAUACAGGUGCACCUUGGAUUGAGUCUCAUCAGAUGAACACUAAAAAUACUUUUGAAGGUCUAAAGGAUAAAAUAAUUGAAGAUUUAACUUGUCAAAUAAAUAAUUCAAUCAGGGCUAGAUAG